CUGGGUGAUCGCUUGGAGGUGUUCAAUGGUGGUCAGCACACCUACCUGCGAGUUCCCGGCCACUCCGGUCGAACAUCUCCGAGUAUCGCAUCGAAUACUUCCGAACCCGAGUCCUGCAUCGACGAUGGACGAUAUCAGGACGAUGACGAUGUCGUUGGCAUGGGUAAGUGACCACUGACC